AUGAAAUCUAAACCAAUAACACGUGAAAAAUUAAUGAAGAUUCCAUCAAGAGUAAGUUCUCAGAGAGACUUAGCGAUAUUCGAAAAAUCAGGCCAAUCAAAUUAUAUAAGUCAACUGAAAAGAAUCAUAUCGGUUAAAACAUUUUUAAAUGAAUCACGUGGUGUAGCAGAAUCCAAAGUAAACGAAUCAUGAUCUCAUAUAUAGCACACCCCUCGUGGUUGCUCGUCAUUAAGUUCCCCUCUCCGUAUCACCCACCACCUGAAGGUCCUGAAAAUUUUAAAUUUUAAAAUAUUAUUUGACAGGUCCCCUUUAAAUAUUUUAACUUGUCAAAUUAAUAUUUAACAUGCUAAAAUAUUUGGGACCGUUAGGGGGUGGGUGGCUGGGGAGGGGGUGCUCAAGGCCGAUCCAAAACAGGGUGAAGCUAUACUAUCUUCUCAUCUAAAUUCUAGCAAAUCGAUACAUCAGAAAAAGGUAAGAAAUAAAGCAAUCAAGUUUAAACGAAAGGCCGCUAUAAAUAAAAAAUCAAAUCCAAUAGAAAGAAGCGUUAGAAUUAUGGGCAGCUCUGUGGCCAGAUAUUCUAAACAAAAUUCACCUAGAAUUGCUCAAAGACCUGUGCACCGGUCUUAUAAUUCUUGUGAUUUUUCUUGUCAAAGGAAAUUAUCAUCUGAUUUAGAAGCACCAAUUUCGAGAAAAUCGUCUAUUCACAGGCAGUCGAUUUCGCGGAUAAAUAAUUUAAUGGAGCAUGAUAAAACUCGAGUUGGGGUGAUUUUAUUCCGGCCCCCAUCACUUAUUAGAUCUUCGUCCCUGAAAAGUUCAAAUAUUAAAAGAAGCACACUUUCAGGAGGAUUUAAGAAAGCCAGUAGAAGAAAGAUUAAUUUAUCAGCUGAUUUCAUUCCUUUUGCUGAACUAGCGAAUCAUCGGGCAUUAAAUUUUGACAAGCAUGUAAAAUAA